CCGGGAAACAAGUGCCAGGCAAGGAGGGCUCGACCAUGGCACAGGACUACGUGUGGUACGAUGGAAUUGCCUUUCCUGUUGUAGAUUACAAACCUGAAAUAUUAAAAGCAGCCCAUGAGAAGUUCGUGGUGAAGGAUGAGGACAUCAUGUUGGUGUCCUACCCCAAAUCAGGAACCCAUUGGUUGAUUGAGAUUAUCUCUCUGAUUCACACCAAGGGGGAUCCCAAGUGGGUGCGAUCUGUGAACACAUAUGAUCGCUCCCCGUGGAUAGAGACUGAGAGUGGAAACACAACAAUAGUGAACAGGAAGGAGGGCCCCCCCCUCAUCUCCUCCCACCUCCCUAUCCAACUCUUCCCCAAGUCUUUCUUCACCUCCAAGGCCAAGUUGAUCUAUGUCAUCAGAAAUCCUAAGGAUGUUCUUAUAUCUGGUUAUUAUUUCUGGAGUUCUACAAAUCUGGCUAAGAAGCCAGAGUCACUGGAACAAUAUUUUGAAUGGUUCUUGCGAGGACACGUGCCGUACGGGUCGUGGUUUGAUCACGUCCGAGGCUGGCUGUCAUUGAGGGAAAAGGAGAAUGUGCUGGUGCUCUGUUAUGAGGAGAUGAGAAAGGACCCGAGAAAGUCAAUAGAAAAGAUCUGCCAGUUUCUGGGAAAGGCCCUAGAACCGGGAGAGCUCAACUUGGUCCUGGAAAACAGUUCCUUCCAGGCGAUGAAGGAGAACAAGAUGUCCAAUUGUAAUAGUUUGCCUGAGGAGCUAAUUCCCAAGGACGUCAAAAUCACCAGGAAAGGCAUUACCGGGGACUGGAAGAACCACUUCACCCCAGCCCAGACCCAAGCCUUUGAGGAAACCUUCCGGGAGAAGAUGGCAGGACUUCCUCCAGAGCUGUUUCCAUGGGACUAAGUCCAGAUUUACCUCUGUGUCUGGGGAGAUGAAGACUUGUGCCCCAUCUUGCAGAGGUGACAGGCCUGGGGAGGGGGCUCAUAGAUGCAUCUGUCCCUCAGUUCUGCAGGUCUGGGUUUUUCUGUGGCAUCUUUGAUCCAAUCACCA